CGCAAACGCGCUACGACAGCUAGUUGAUAAUUAGAUGCGAGGCAACGAUAUUGCUGCUAGCCUCCCCAGAGUAAUCACAUACAUGUAGGAGUGAGGAUUUAGGCUUCUGCGUUUGGUAAGCAUGGACGGCGCGGUGCCGGGCGACCAGGAGGACUACUCCUUCCUCGAGCUGCCGAACGAGCCUCCGCCGCGGCAGUCUAAGCUGCCGUGGACAUCGUGUGAAGAAGCAGCGCUGUGUUAUUUGCACUCGCGGCUGGGAAACAGGUGGAUGAUCAUUGCGACGCACUAUGAAGGCCGCAGUGAGAGUGACGUGAAGAAUUACUGGCACAGCACCAUCCGCGCCAAGACUCCCACCCGGCGCAGCGCCCUCCUGUACACCUACUCGCGCUCAGUCAAGGACACACGCGACGACGUGAACGCGCGUGCGGCGAUGCUGUCCAAGGCGGAGGCGAACGUGCGCCUCACUGUGGCUCAGCUGGUUGGCGGGGAUCCUUCAAUCCUGACGGAGGUGCCGCUGCCCCUGGCCGCCACGUCGGCUUACGGCAGCAGAAGCGAGGAGGGGACGCAAGUGGCCGCGGCCGAGGCUGGUGUGGCCACGGGAGCGGCUGCGGCUGACGCGGAUGAGGAUGCGCAGGCCCAUGCAGGCGGCAGUGUGCGGCUCAAGUCGGGAACCCAAGCCCCAGCGGAUGCGGCAGCAGCAAUGGCCAGCCCCCCGCCACCCAACGCGUUCCAGUCAGCACAGCCGGCUCAGCCGCCGCACACGCCGCUGCCGCCACAGCAGUCGCCGGCGCGGCCCCAGCUGCCCAGCCGCCAGCUCAGCAGGAGCGGCGCUCCCUCCUUUCGAGCCGGCGGCCUCGUGCCGCGCGGCAGCAUCGGCGGCAGCGCCUCCUUCCUCGACAUCGGUAGCAGCGGCAGCGGUACCGAAACCUUUCUGGAUGCAGCGGCGCCCUCCUGCGGGCUUGCGCCCAACGCCUUGAGCUACCUUGACGGUGUGCCGCUGUCAAUGCCAAUAAGCCACCGGAACAGCAACAAGCGGCUGCAGCGGCUGAGUGCCAGCACGCCGCUUGGGCAGGGUGACGGCGGCAGCGCACCGCCAGUGAUGAUGAUGGGCGGGGGCGCAGGUGUGGGCAUGACUAUGGCAUCUGCUGCAUUGGCGGCGGGCGCUGGCAGCAGCGGCGUGGACAUUGCCUCAGAGCCCAUGGUGCAGGCGCUGCACUCGCAGACCCACUCGGGGUUGCUGGCGGACUUGUCGGAGCCCCUCGUGAAGCCACGCCAGCAGCAGCAGGUGGCAGCUGCGCAGGCGCAGUCACCGGCGGCCCUCUCGCAGCUGCACAAGCACGCAGACAGCAUCCUGCAUAUUCAGUCGGCGCCGGGCUUGGUGCAACAGCAGCCACAGCCACAUUUGCUGAAGUUACAACAGGAGCAGCAAGAGCAGGAGCGGCUGUUGCUGCUACUGCGGCAGCGGAUGCAGGCUCGGCAGGAGCAGCAAGCCAUGGGGCAGAUGCUCGGCGCCGCAGGUGCGGGCGCUGCCGGCGCCUAUGGCAUGGACUUGGAUGUUUCCACCUGGGGCCUGCAGCACCAGCAGCAGCAACAUCAGCAACACCAGCAGCAGCAACAGCAGCGCCCGUCCCUACCGAAUGCCUUCCUCGCGCAAGCCCAAACCGGCGUGGGCCUUGGGCUGCACGCGUCACAGCAGCUGCAGCUGUCAGAGCCACAGCAGCAGGUGCAGAUCGCUUUGUCGGCUGGCUUCCGGAGCGAGUCGUUGUUCGCGUGCUUGUCGGCACCGGCCGGCCGCGCCGCUGGCGCAGACUCCUCAUGUAGCAGGCUGCUGGGUGCGGCUGUGGGGGAUGUGCUGAUGCAGCCCCAACAGCAGCAGGAGCAGCAGCAGGUGCUGAACCCAUCGGCUGCUGUGAUGAUGCAGAUGGCAGGUCUGCAGGAUACAGGGCCGGUGAUGUCGGCAGCACAGCAGGCGGCGCGGUUGGCCUGGCAGGAACAGCAACAGCAACAGCAGCACCGGACAAAUGCAGCUACUGGAGGGCACUGCGGGCUGCCAGGCGGGGUCUUGUUGGACCCUUUGGCUGCCCUAGACGACAUCGACGAGAGAGAUCCCGGCGGAGUGGCUCUGCAAGUGGUGAUUGGUGCCGAAGACGCGGAUGGUGGGGAUGGCGCGGCCAAGGCGGCUGCGCUGCUCAACUCCUGCUCUAUGUGGGACGCAACCGAUGCGGACGAGCAGGCUGAGGCGCAGGCGCGGGAUGCGCCGCAGCAAGCGCGACAGCAGCAGGUGCAGGACGGCGCGAUGGCGCAGGGCCCGCAGCAGGGCACGUCGCCGGCUGCUGGCACCGCUGCCGCUGGGACCCCUGAUGGUGGCGCGUGCGGCCUAGAUGCAGGAGCUCCAAGCCUGCUCUUCGCGCGCGCAAGCGCGGGCGAAGUGCUUCAGCCCACUCAGCAGCAACCGUCGCAGCAGCAUAAAUACCUGCUGCAGCACCUCCCCAAACGCCACAUCUCUACUGGCGCUGAUUUGUUUCCACUGGCCAGCACAGACCGCGCUAGCGGCGCGGAGCCGCACAGCAUGAGCGCGCUAGCCUCCCCGCCGAUAUCAGCAGCUGCAGCGGCUUUUGACGGAACCGCUGCCUCAGCCUCAUUGGCCGGCGGCUCUGAGAGCCGUCUGCACCUGUUUGUGGGCUUUACAACCAAUGGACUGGGAGUGCGGCUGCUGCCACCGUCGCAGCCCUCACAGCGUGCCUCUGUUACCAGCCUGUACGGCUCAUGCGACGUAUCGACUGUCGCGGCGGUUGGCAUUUCUGGAACCGCCGGCCACAUUGCGCACACACCAGAGCCGGCCACGGCGAUCACGGCUGGUGGCGAGUGGCAGCUCGCGGCCGCCGACGCCGCGCCCUUCGACCGCGGCACGGCGGGUGCAGCCCGCGUUGUGGGCGGCGGCAGCGUAUCGCGUCUGGGCAGUGUCAGCGGCCAGCUCCGCAACAACCCGCUGCUGUGCGCUACUGCGUUGCCUUUCCUGACGGCACCGGCGACCUGGCAGGCCAGUGUUGCGGCGGGCGCGGGCUUGCUGCCAUCAUCGGUGGGCAAAGAAUCCGUGCUGCAGCAGGCUGCGGUGGUGGCCCAGCAGCAGCAGCUGCCGCAGCUGCCGACGACUCCAAGGGAGUCCGUCGGCCGCCUGAGCCUGCUGCAAGCAGUCACAGACGCGGGCUGCGUCAUGGGGCUGGGCGCCGAAGACAUGGCGGAGCUUGGCGUGGACCUGACUGACAUGGACUGGGAGGGAGGUGCCUGAUAACCCACUGGCAGCAGUCGUCGGCGCUAUCGACUCCGCGUACCGGUGCUGGCCAGUGGCUGGAUUGCUCCGGCUGCUGAUCACCUCUAUGUUGGAGAAGAGGCGCUAUCGCGCGAGCACUGCUGGCGGCGGCAGUGAGCACAGCUCCGCCGGCGGUUGGAGGUAGCUAGCUGCGCGGCGCCGCAGCAUGCAGGUUGCGCGUCGGCACGGGGGCACAGGCCCGGGAACGGGCAGCAGAAACACAAACCAGGUUCGCGAACACCGGGCAUGAGCUUGGCUGCAGUCCCGGCAUGCAUGGGCUUGUGCGGCGAGUGGCCUGCCGUGUCACGCACGUGACAGCAGGGGCAGCUGCCCUCGCGUGGCCUUGCCCUCUGGAGGAGGCGAGGCAGGUGGGUAAAUAAAGCGCUCGUCCCCGCCGCCAGUUGCCGCAAUUUGUGAUGUUUACGAUGUCAUGUCAUUUAUGCACGUGGCUGGCAUGACCAAUGGGGCUAUGGCGGGGGAAUGGGAACUACCUGCAUGGCACGCAUGCACGUAGUUGGCACAGCAGGCCUGCUGGUGGCCGUGACGAAUGCUUAGAUAGCAAGACGCAGUCCUGCCUGCCACUUCUGGAGCCAACUGGCAACCUGCUGAACUAGGGAAGAGCAAGAGCAGGCUCCAUGCCUGCGGCACGCCUGAAGCGCGUGUGCCUUGUUAGGCAACCGUUCGCGUGUUCCCUUGCUUGCGGCAGCGUGAUAUUGCCCCGUAAGGAGGCCUGCUCGAGGUGAAGGUGUCUUAGGCUAGGUCGGGUUGGCGGGCCAGGAAUCCGGAUUGCCCGUGGGGCCGGAACACAUGCUGUGUGAGGUGACCGUUGUUGUCCCUUGCUAUGAGCGCACUUAUUCAUGACGCUCGAACACAUUGCCAGUAGUUGCAGAGUCAAUCUGCCGUUUACGUGUCCAAGGGCCAGGGAAGUCUUGCGCCCGUACGUGCACAAGACUAGUUUUUAAGUAUGGUCUCGUAAGGUGCUGUCCGCGCUUCAUUUUCAAGGAGAACUGUUGCCUCUUAUUGUUUGUGGAAUCCUAGCUAAGAACGCAUGCCGUUGGAGUUUGACCGCCUGCGGGCGUUUGUGCGUGGUAAUGCACAGGGGUAUCAACUCCACUACACUUACCCGUGACCCCGUUGCGCACUGGUAUGCAAUGAUUGCACGAGGAACUGGAACACUUGCCUUAUUGCGUUUGGCACAAAUUGUAUUGUUUGUGAAUACCUGCACCGCAAUCGUGCAUGGGUAGGCAGGCAGUGAGUUCAACCAGGCUGGCUGGGUUUAUAGAUACGCUGAUACGGUAUGUCCAUGCGUGGUAUACAAUCGUGCAAGGAUUGGGGGUGCCAAGUCCGCGUAUCCGUCGUGGUUUUGACUCAGCUCGCUUUUGUAGUGGUGCUUCAUUACUGGGCCACCUCUUUUGACGCGUGUUGGGAUGGAUGCCGCUGCGGCUGAUUUUACGGAUGGCGCACGGCGAGCCGGGCGGGCAAGCGAGGGGCAAGGGAGGGGCAUGGGAGCCCCCGCCGUGGAACCGUGAGCAGGUCGUGGCCUUGGGCCUUCCUGAUGCAGCGAGUAUGGGGCGACGAAGUGAACCUCAAGCAACUAACUGAAUCUAUGCGGUGAGCAAGCAGACAUCGAGCAACAAAUGGGGAUGCGUGGUGGGCAGUACUGCGCUUACUUGCUUCACUUGCACGGAUGCUUACACCGCCGUGCCAAAACGGAUUCGUCCCGGCUGCUCUUUGAGUGUUCAAGUAGGGAUUCUGGUGGCAGGUUGCUUGCGCUUCACUGCUUGCUAGCCUUGAGCAUUGCUACACAACGCUGGCAAGAAGCUCAUCAUGUGGUUUGACGUUCAUCAGACUGUGAAUUGGAAGACAGUGGGGAUGGGGGACUUAGGGGGGGACUUAGGGGGUGACUGUGAGCGCGGCAAGGUACGCUUCCUGGUUUGGGGUUGGUUUGGAAUAGCUGUCUGCAUGUUGCCUGCAUGACUCUGCUUUUCAAUGCAGACAAAGUCAGACCAUUAAUGCAC